ACAGUGUUCGGUCGUCACUUCUGCAGUAAGGACGAAACUAGUAUAACAGGUUUUAUUGAAGUAACGUGGUGAAGUGUGUCAGUGUUUGGAAACAACUUCAGCAAUGUUAUUCUUAAUAUGGUGCUUGGCGUUAGUGACAGCGUUGUGGCUGUACCUCAGACAGCGAUACUCGCGGUUUUCUGCGUAUGGAGUGAAGCAUUUCCAGCCAGUCCCACUGAUGGGCAACAUGACUCGAGUCAUAUUUCGUAUGGAACACUUCGCAGACCAAGUGAAUAGAAUUUACUCGGCUUUCCCUGAUGAGAGAUUUAUUGGACGAUACGAGUUUUUAAAUCCAAUGGUGGUGAUAAAGGACAUCGAAUUGUUGAAAAAGAUAACUGUAAAAGACUUCGAGCACUUUCUGGACCACAGGACCAUGGUCGAUGAAAAGACCGAUCCAUUCUUCGGAAGAAAUUUAUUUUCCCUAAAAGGUCAAGAGUGGAAGGAUAUGCGAUCGACUCUGAGUCCAGCUUUCACCAGCUCUAAGAUGAGGCUCAUGCUGCCUUUCAUGGUGGAAGUAGGUAACCAGAUGAUAGAAACACUCAAAAAGAAAAUCAAGGAUUCAAAAACAAAAUCUAUCGAUGUGGACUGCAAAGACUUGACCACCCGAUACGCUAACGAUGUGAUCGCGUCAUGUGCUUUCGGCCUAAAAGUGGACUCUUUGGCAGAGGAGAAUAAUGACUUUUACAAGAUGGGCAAGGAGGCCUCCACCUUCACCUUCAGACAGAUCUUGAUGUUCUUCGCCAUGGUUAAUUUUCCGAAAUUAAUGAAGAUGCUGAAAAUAACAUUGUUCAAAGAAGCCGUUACAAAUUUCUUCAAACAUCUCGUGAAGGACACCAUGAGUGAACGGGAGGCGCACCAGAUCAUCAGGCCGGACAUGAUCCAUCUACUUAUGGAGGCCAAGAAAGGCCAGUUAACACACGAGGAGAAAGGUGUAAACGGCAAUGAUGCUGGAUUCGCUACAGUUGAAGAAUCCAAUGUUGGAAAGAAAAAUGUGGACAAAGUGUGGACCGAUACUGAUUUAAUCGCCCAAGCGGUAUUAUUCUUCAUCGCCGGCUUCGAGACCGUCUCAUCGGCAAUGUCGUUCGCACUCCACGAGCUGGCAGUCAAUCCUGAUGUACAGGACAAGUUAGUCGCUGAAAUCAGGGAGAAUGAGAAAAAGAAUGGUGGCAAAUUCGACUACAACUCCAUUCAGAAUAUGGUGUAUAUGGACAUGGUUGUAUCAGAGGUAUUGAGGUUCUGGCCAGCAGCUAUAGCAUUAGACAGAGUAUGCACCAAGGAUUAUAACCUAGGAAGGGCUAACGACAAAUGCGAUAAAGACUAUAUUAUUCACAAAGGUGAGAGUGUGAUGAUACCCGUUUGGGGCAUUCACCAUGAUCCUGAGUACUAUCCCAACCCUAACAAGUUUGAUCCCGAGAGGUUUUCGGAAGAGAACAAACAUAGGAUCCAACCGUUUACGUUUUUACCAUUCGGCGUGGGACCUAGAAAUUGCAUCGGAUCACGAUUCGCGUUGUGCGAAGUGAAAGUAAUGCUGUAUCAGCUGCUACAGCACAUGGAGAUCUCCCCGAGUGACAAGACCGCAAUUCCGGCGGAACUGUCCACAGAAACUUUCAACCUCAGAAUCAAAGGAGGACACUGGGUCAGGAUGAAGAUAAGGGAAUAAAUAACUAUGCGCUAUAAAUACAAGAUACUUUACAAUCUUAUAUCAUUGUCCUACCCUAACGAUACAGAGUGAAUUUUAUUAAAUUCUAAACUUGAUUCAUUAAUUAUAAUAGAGCAAUUGUGAAACAAUCUAUUAACGAUAUGGAAAUGUUUAAAAAGAAAUACUUAAAAGAACAGAUAUAAUCAAGUAGAUUUUUGUACUUUUAAUGGCGUCGUUUGAUGUUAUGAUUUAUUUUGUAUUUUUUAACAUUUUUGUUUUAAAAUAAACCUAUUUAUUGAAAAAUAUCAAAAGAACAUAAUCAAUAACAGUACCCCGUCCAGUGCCUAUUUGUUACAUUAAUUUAAUGAAAAACUUUAUAAAGUUUAGUACAAUUUACAUUAUUAAUUACUUAAACGAAGGCGAAAUAGUUCUAAGAGGAAGGUAUUAAAUGAAAUCCUUUAGUUAUUAUCAUCAUUUAGUUGCACACGUUACAAUAGGAAUUAUAAAUUCCAGUUAUAACAUUGAAUAAUAUUUAAAAAAGUGCCUCUUAAAUAUUAUUUUGUAACUAUUAUGUAUACCAUAAUCUGUAGAAGAUUUAUGUAAAUUAUAAGAUGAUGUAGUGGUUACCGCGUCCGGUUUUCGAUGCGAAAGUCAAGUAACGAGCCGAUCAUCGGAUGGAUGUCUAAAUAAUUUGCUAUCUCCAGCUCCGAAAGAUACGUAAACACGUUGAUCUCCGCUGUAUUUGCAGUUUGCCCACCAAUCUACAUUGGGCCCGUGCCAUUCUCCUUAUUUGAUCCCACCCAUAGGGAAGGCCUGUGUGUGCAGUGGGAACGUUAAUAGACUGAUGAUGAUGAUAAGAAUAUAUUAUAUUUAAGAUUUCUAGAUAUAAUGACACCAAGAAAAAAUAAAGUUUCAUG